ACUCGAAAAUUCUCACACUCUGUCUUUGCUUAGAGGGCAGAGAGGCAGGAAAUAAGAAAACAGGAAGUGAGAAAAAAAACUCAAAUCCCCUCUAAAACCCUAAUUUCCAAUUUCAUUUCAUUUCUUUCUUUAGGCUGAGGUAGAAGCUUCUCGGCCAAAGUUGCCAUGUGGAGCAACAACAACAACGGCGCUCAGAUUGCGCCACCGGGAACUGGUGGAUCCACCAUCCCGCCGCCUCCAGCUGCUCAACCUUCGUACACCGUGCUGGCUCCGCAGAGUACGCCACAGGAUGCCGAGGCCAAGCUGGAGGAGAAGGCUCGGAAAUGGAUGCAGCUUAACUCUAAGCGAUAUGGAGAUAAAAGGAAGUUUGGUUUUGUCGAGACGCAGAAGGAGGACAUGCCUCCUGAGCACGUCAGGAAGAUUAUCAGAGAUCAUGGAGACAUGUCUUCGAAAAAAUAUCGGCAUGAUAAACGUGUUUAUCUAGGGGCCCUUAAAUUCAUUCCACAUGCAGUUUAUAAGCUCCUUGAGAAUAUGCCAAUGCCUUGGGAGCAGGUUCGUGAUGUGAAGGUCUUAUACCAUAUUACAGGAGCCAUAACAUUUGUGAAUGAAAUACCAUGGGUUGUUGAACCAAUUUAUUUAGCACAGUGGGGUACGAUGUGGAUCAUGAUGCGGAGAGAGAAAAGAGAUCGUCGACAUUUCAAGAGAAUGCGGUUUCCACCAUUUGAUGAUGAGGAACCUCCGUUAGACUAUGCUGAUAAUUUGUUAGAUGUCGAUCCUCUAGAGCCAAUUCAGUUGGAGCUGGAUGAAGAGGAAGAUUCUGCCGUACAUGCAUGGUUUUAUGACCACAAGCCUCUUGUCAAAACAAAGCUUAUCAAUGGUCCAAGUUACAGGAAAUGGCAUCUAUCUCUUCCAAUAAUGGCUACUUUGCACCGGCUUGCUGGACAGCUGCUUUCUGAUUUGAUUGACCGUAAUUAUUUCUACUUGUUUGACAUGGAGUCAUUCUUCACAGCUAAAGCAUUGAACAUGUGCAUACCUGGUGGUCCUAAGUUUGAGCCUCUAUACCGUGAUAUGGAGAAAGGGGAUGAGGACUGGAAUGAAUUUAAUGACAUAAACAAACUAAUUAUCCGGUCACCUCUUAGGACAGAAUACAGAAUUGCUUUUCCUCAUCUUUAUAACAAUAGGCCCAGGAAAGUAAAGUUGUGUGUGUAUCACACUCCGAUGGUCAUGUACAUUAAAACAGAAGACCCUGAUUUGCCAGCAUUCUACUAUGAUCCUUUGAUACACCCCAUAACUACCACAAACAAGGAACGGCGUGAGAAGAAAAUUUAUGAUGAUGAUGAUGAAGAUGAUUUUGUCUUGCCUGAAGGGGUGGAACCUUUGCUGAAUGACACACAGCUUUACACUGACACCACUGCUGCUGGGGUUUCUCUUUUAUUUGCUCCACGUCCUUUUAAUAUGAGAUCUGGUCGGAUGCGACGUGCUGAAGAUAUACCACUUGUCUCAGAGUGGUACAAGGAGCAUUGUCCUCCAUCUUACCCCGUUAAAGUGCGGGUUAGUUAUCAGAAAUUAUUGAAAUGCUUUGUGCUGAAUGAGUUGCAUCAUAGACCACCUAAGGCUCAAAAGAAGAAGCACUUGUUCCGGUCUCUCCAGGCGACCAAGUUUUUCCAGACGACAGAGCUUGAUUGGGUUGAAGCAGGUCUUCAAGUUUGCAAGCAAGGGUACAACAUGUUGAACCUGUUGAUACAUAGGAAAAAUUUGAACUACCUUCACCUGGAUUAUAACUUCAACUUGAAGCCUGUGAAGACUCUCACUACAAAAGAGCGCAAGAAGUCACGUUUUGGCAAUGCUUUUCAUCUUUGUCGUGAGAUCUUGCGUUUAACAAAGCUUGUAGUUGAUGCUAAUGUCCAGUUUCGACUUGGUAAUGUUGAUGCUUUCCAAUUGGCCGAUGGUCUGCAGUAUACAUUUUCCCAUGUCGGCCAGUUGACUGGGAUGUAUCGAUACAAGUACCGGCUCAUGAGACAGAUUAGGAUGUGCAAAGACUUGAAGCAUUUGAUUUACUACCGCUUCAAUACUGGGCCUGUAGGGAAGGGACCUGGAUGUGGAUUUUGGGCACCAAUGUGGAGGGUAUGGCUGUUUUUCCUCCGUGGCAUUGUCCCUCUUCUAGAAAGGUGGUUAGGAAAUCUGCUUGCACGACAAUUUGAAGGGCGUCAUUCAAAAGGAGUAGCCAAGACUGUUACCAAGCAACGUGUUGAGAGCCACUUUGAUCUGGAACUUCGAGCUGCUGUCAUGCAUGAUGUUCUUGAUGCCAUGCCAGAGGGCAUUAAGCAAAAUAAAGCUAGAACAAUAUUGCAGCAUCUAAGUGAGGCAUGGCGCUGUUGGAAGGCAAACAUCCCAUGGAAGGUUCCGGGUUUGCCAGUUCCCAUUGAGAAUAUGAUUCUUAGAUAUGUCAAAUCAAAAGCUGAUUGGUGGACAAAUGUUGCUCAUUACAAUCGUGAGCGUAUCAGAAGGGGUGCAACUGUUGAUAAAACAGUUUGCAGGAAAAACUUAGGCAGAUUGACACGACUCUGGCUGAAAGCUGAGCAAGAACGACAGCACAAUUAUUUGAAAGAUGGGCCAUAUGUCACUCCAGAAGAGGCGGUUGCGAUCUAUACUACAACUGUGCAUUGGUUGGAGUCCAGAAAAUUCUCACCCAUUCCAUUUCCUCCCUUGUCUUACAAGCACGAUACGAAGUUACUUAUCCUUGCCCUGGAGAGGUUGAAGGAAUCUUACAGUGUAGCUGUAAGAUUAAAUCAACUCCAAAGAGAAGAAUUGGGUCUAAUUGAACAAGCUUAUGAUAAUCCUCACGAGGCCUUAUCAAGGAUCAAGCGCCAUUUGCUUACCCAGCGUGCCUUCAAAGAAGUUGGUAUAGAGUUCAUGGACUUGUACAGCUAUUUGAUUCCAGUCUAUGAAAUUGAGCCCCUUGAGAAGAUUACAGAUGCUUAUCUUGACCAAUACCUAUGGUAUGAAGGAGACAAGCGCCAUCUGUUUCCUAAUUGGAUUAAGCCUGCAGAUUCAGAGCCACCUCCACUUUUGGUUUACAAAUGGUGUCAAGGUAUAAAUAAUUUGCAAGGGAUAUGGGACACGAGUGAGGGGCAGUGUGUGGUAAUGCUUCAAACAAAAUUUGAGAAGUUCUUUGACAAGAUUGACCUGACAAUGUUAAACAGGCUUCUACGAUUGGUUCUUGAUCACAACAUUGCAGAUUAUGUUACUGCAAAGAAUAAUGUGGUGCUGUCUUACAAAGAUAUGAGCCACACAAAUUCGUAUGGUCUUAUACGUGGUCUUCAGUUUGCUUCUUUCGUUGUCCAGUAUUAUGGACUUGUUCUGGAUCUCUUGCUUCUUGGAUUGACUCGUGCUAGUGAGAUUGCUGGUCCACCCCAGAUGCCGAAUGAGUUCAUCACUUACUGGGAUACAAAAGUUGAAACCCGGCAUCCAAUUCGUCUGUACUCUAGGUACAUUGAUAGGGUGCACAUAUUGUUCAGAUUUACUCAUGAAGAAGCACGGGACCUUAUCCAGCGAUAUCUUACUGAGCACCCUGAUCCGAACAAUGAAAACAUGGUUGGAUAUAACAACAAGAAAUGCUGGCCAAGAGAUGCGAGAAUGAGGCUUAUGAAACAUGAUGUUAAUCUUGGGAGAAGUGUCUUUUGGGACAUGAAGAAUCGUCUGCCUAGAAGCAUCACUACUUUGGAAUGGGAGAACAGCUUUGUUUCUGUCUACAGCAAGGAUAAUCCAAACCUUCUUUUUAGCAUGUGUGGUUUUGAAGUUCGGAUACUUCCAAAAAUAAGAAUGACUCAAGAAGCGUUUAGCAAUACAAGAGAUGGGGUUUGGAAUCUGCAGAAUGAACAGACAAAGGAGCGAACUGCAGUUGCUUUCUUACGGGUUGAUGAUGAGCACAUGAAGGUGUUUGAGAAUCGUGUUAGGCAGAUUCUCAUGUCUUCUGGGUCAACAACAUUUACAAAGAUAGUCAACAAAUGGAAUACUGCCUUAAUAGGUCUUAUGACUUACUUCCGUGAAGCAACUGUGCAUACACAAGAGCUUCUAGAUCUACUCGUUAAAUGUGAAAAUAAAAUUCAAACCCGUAUCAAGAUUGGACUGAAUUCAAAAAUGCCUAGUCGAUUCCCUCCUGUAAUUUUUUACACUCCUAAAGAGAUUGGAGGACUUGGCAUGUUAUCCAUGGGUCACAUAUUGAUUCCGCAGAGUGAUCUCCGGUACAGUCAGCAGACUGAUGUUGGCGUAACUCACUUUAGGAGUGGAAUGAGUCAUGAAGAGGACCAACUGAUUCCUAAUCUUUAUCGGUACAUACAGCCAUGGGAGAGUGAGUUCAUAGACUCACAGCGUGUUUGGGCUGAGUAUGCUCUGAAGAGGCAGGAAGCACAGGCACAAAAUAGGCGCCUAACCCUUGAGGAUUUGGAAGAUUCAUGGGAUAGGGGAAUACCACGUAUAAAUACCUUGUUUCAGAAGGACAGGCACACAUUAGCAUAUGACAAAGGAUGGAGAGUACGUACAGACUUUAAGCAGUACCAAGUUUUGAAGCAGAACCCAUUCUGGUGGACUCACCAAAGGCAUGAUGGCAAAUUGUGGAACUUGAACAACUAUCGAACUGAUGUUAUCCAAGCUCUUGGAGGUGUUGAGGGAAUUCUAGAACAUACCUUGUUUAAAGGAACAUACUUUCCAACUUGGGAGGGUCUGUUUUGGGAAAAGGCUUCUGGAUUCGAGGAGUCAAUGAAGUAUAAGAAGCUCACUAAUGCUCAGAGAUCUGGUCUUAACCAGAUUCCUAACCGUAGGUUUACUCUUUGGUGGUCACCUACAAUCAAUCGGGCUAAUGUUUACGUGGGUUUUCAAGUGCAACUAGAUCUAACUGGAAUUUUCAUGCAUGGGAAGAUUCCAACCUUGAAAAUAUCUUUGAUUCAGAUUUUCCGUGCCCAUCUGUGGCAAAAAAUUCAUGAGAGUGUGGUUAUGGAUCUUUGCCAAGUCUUAGAUCAGGAGUUGGAUGCUUUAGAAAUUGAAACUGUUCAGAAGGAGACAAUCCAUCCAAGGAAGAGUUACAAGAUGAACAGCUCUUGUGCAGAUAUUCUUCUCUUUGCAGCUCAUAGGUGGCCUAUGUCAAAGCCUAGUCUUGUGGCAGAGUCCAAGGACAUGUUUGAUCAAAAAGCAAGCAAUAAAUAUUGGAUAGAUGUACAGCUCCGGUGGGGUGAUUAUGACUCGCAUGAUAUUGAGCGUUACACUCGAGCCAAAUUUAUGGACUAUACAACAGAUAACAUGUCUAUUUAUCCAUCUCCCACUGGGGUAAUGAUUGGCCUUGAUCUGGCUUACAACUUGCAUUCUGCAUUUGGUAAUUGGUUCCCUGGUUCAAAGCCACUGCUCGCUCAGGCAAUGAAUAAGAUCAUGAAGUCAAAUCCAGCUUUAUAUGUCUUAAGGGAGAGGAUAAGGAAAGGUUUGCAGUUAUAUUCUUCUGAGCCUACUGAGCCGUAUCUGUCAUCCCAGAACUAUGGGGAGAUCUUCAGCAACCAGAUCAUUUGGUUUGUUGAUGACACCAAUGUGUAUCGUGUGACAAUACAUAAGACAUUUGAAGGGAAUCUCACGACAAAACCCAUUAAUGGUGCCAUCUUUAUUUUCAAUCCACGGACUGGACAGUUGUUCCUAAAGGUCAUUCACACCAGUGUCUGGGCAGGUCAAAAGCGUCUUGGUCAGCUUGCCAAAUGGAAAACUGCUGAAGAAGUUGCUGCUCUUGUGCGGUCUUUGCCUGUUGAAGAACAACCAAAGCAGAUCAUUGUUACUCGAAAGGGAAUGCUUGAUCCUUUGGAGGUUCACUUACUGGAUUUCCCUAACAUAGUUAUCAAGGGAAGUGAGCUGCAACUCCCAUUCCAGGCUUGCUUGAAAAUUGAGAAAUUUGGUGAUCUAAUUCUGAAAGCUACAGAGCCACAAAUGGUUUUGUUCAACAUCUAUGAUGACUGGUUGAAGAGUAUCUCAUCAUACACUGCAUUCUCCCGACUCAUUCUGAUCCUUCGUGCGCUUCACGUGAACAAUGAGAAGGCUAAGAUGUUACUGAAACCUGAUAAGACAAUCGUUACUGAGCCACACCAUAUUUGGCCUUCUCUAACUGAUGAUCAAUGGAUGAAGGUCGAAGUUGCUUUAAGAGAUCUGAUACUUUCCGACUAUGCCAAAAAGAACAAUGUGAAUACAUCAGCCCUGACACAGUCUGAGAUUCGUGACAUCAUCCUUGGAGCUGAGAUUACUCCACCCUCUCAACAGAGGCAGCAGAUAGCAGAGAUUGAGAAACAGGCGAAGGAGGCAAGCCAGCUAACAGCUGUGACAACUAGGACUACAAACGUGCAUGGUGAUGAGCUCAUUGUCACCACCACAAGUCCCUAUGAACAAGCAGCAUUUGGGUCCAAGACAGAUUGGCGUGUUAGAGCAAUAUCAGCUACUAAUCUUUACCUUCGAGUCAAUCAUAUAUAUGUGAACUCAGAGGACAUAAAGGAAACUGGGUUCACAUAUAUCAUGCCAAAGAACAUUUUAAAGAAGUUCAUCUGUAUAGCAGAUCUCAGGACUCAAAUUGCUGGAUACUUGUAUGGAAUAAGCCCUCCUGAUAAUCCCCAGGUUAAGGAAAUCCGAUGCAUUGCCAUGCCACCGCAAUGGGGUACUCAUCAGCAAGUCAAUCUUCCAUCAGCUCUUCCUGAACAUGAUUUCUUGAAUGAUCUGGAGCCUUUGGGAUGGCUCCACACACAGCCAAAUGAGCUUCCUCAAUUAUCGCCACAGGAUGUGACAUCCCAUUCUCGGAUAUUAGAGAACAACAAACAGUGGGAUGGAGAGAAGUGCAUAAUCUUGACAUGCAGUUUCACUCCCGGUUCUUGCUCAUUAACAGCCUACAAGCUUACCCCAAGUGGUUAUGAGUGGGGACGGGUUAACAAAGAUACAGGAAGCAACCCUCAUGGUUACCUCCCAACGCAUUAUGAGAAGGUGCAGAUGCUCCUAAGUGAUCGGUUCCUUGGAUUUUAUAUGAUACCUGACAAUGGUCCGUGGAAUUACAAUUUCAUGGGAGUGAAGCAUACAGUGAGCAUGAAAUACGGGGUGAAGCUGGGGACACCGAAAGAGUACUACAAUGAGGAGCAUAGGCCGACACAUUUCCUGGAGUUCAGCAACUUGGAAGAAGGUGAUACUGCGGAAGGAGAUCGGGAGGACACUUUUACUUAAAUCCCUAAAUCUGUUUUUACCAAAGACUCCAAAUCCUACUAUGUAUGAAAUGAAGGAAAAAGAAUAUUUGCAUUGCAUACUCGUUUUAGUGCUGAACCCGCAACAUGGAUGGAGGAGGCUUAAAGCUUGUUUGUUGAAUAGUUGCAUGUACUAAAUCCCAAUUGUAAGAAUGCUUUUUGGAGUUGUAAAUAUGAGUAAGAACUAGGAUUUGAAUAUGUUCUUCAAUGUUCUAACACCUCAAAUGUUGGGGUAAACACAAUAUGUGCCCAAGAAGCUCUGCUCAGGUUAGGUUUCAAUAGUAACAGACUUAUUUGGUUUAGUUUAUUUUAUUCGAAUAUGUUUAAUUAUAUUUUUAUAACUGGAUUUUUGAAUAUUCAAAAAUUCACUUUGGUA